UGUGAAGUCACUUUUUGUUCUGCUGAUAACAGCUGGAGGACAGAAAUGAAACCAGCUCACGGAUGAAGCUGGUUUUAUUUCCGUCCUCGGAGUCCAAACUGCUCCCGCUGACGUGGUUUACAGCCGCUCCAGCUGAACUUUACCCGUUUUAUGAUGCUGCACCUGAAGAAAAGGAGCUGGACGGGAGCCGGGAUGUUUAGAAGAGCAGAGUCUGAGCUGCACCAUGAGCUCUGCUCAGAGUCAGACAGGACUUUGGUCCAAACUGGAGGUCCUGGAGUGCCACUUCACCUGGGAUCUGGCUCCUAGCAGGUCCCGACUGCUCCGCCUGCGGGACGAGCUGGAGGACAUCGGCUCGGAGGAGGGAUACUGCUGGCUGGGUCACAUCUACAACCUGCAGGGCUUCGUUCACUGUCAGCUGGGCUUCGUCAAAGAGGCGCUGCGGUUUUUCUGCAGGGCCGCAGAGGCUUUCCGACAGCUCAGGAACACCGUCUCAGAUGAGGGCCCGUGGCUGGUGGUGAAUUACGGAAAUCUGGCUUGGCUGCACCACCACCUGGGGGAGCAAGCCCAGAGUCAGGGAUAUCUGUCAAAGCUGGAGGCCCUGAUGAGUGAAUAUCCGUCUCCGUGCCUGGAUGAACCCCAUCCAGAGAUCUGUGCUGAAAAGGCCUGGACUCUGAUGAAGUUUAGCAGCAGCGAGAAGCUGCUGGCUGCAGAUUACUUCCAGAGGGCCAUCAGAAUGCAGCCAGACAUGGUGGAGUGGCAAACCAGCCGAGUGCUGGCUUUAGUAAAUGCCUUCAUGCACCAAAGAGCACACACGGAUGUGGACAUCUUAGAGAAAAUGAAGAUUGCCAAAGAGCACGACCCAGAUAACUUGUACCUCGCUGCUCUUUACCUGGAAGCUCGAGCUCAGAAAGGAGCAAAAGUUCAGGAUGAGGCACACAAGUUGGCCAGGAGAGUUUUAGCAAAGCCGGUGAGCAGCUACAGCGGCAUCAAGCCAUUACUGCGGCUCUACAGGAUCCACGUCUCCAUGGAUGAAGCCAUCGAUUUAGCAGAGGAGGCUCUGGAAAGGCAUCCAGGUGCACGCUACAUAAAGAGAUGUGCUGCAAUCUGCUACAAGAGGAAAGUCUUCUCGCAGAGCAACAGUCACCUGGAGCCCAGCCGGAUGCACAGAGCCAUCAGUCUCCACAGAGAGGUCAUCGCUCUCUACCCUCAUUCCUCUCUCCAGAUGCAAACAUCUCUGGCAAACAUUCACGCAAAAUUAAAUCAGCGAGCAGAAGCUGAGGAAAUGUUUCAGGAACUGCUGAGAACUGACCUGGACGCUGAAGGAGAGCAGAUGGUUUGCAGUUAUUAUGCAAAAUAUUUAGAGUUCAGUCAAAAGGAGAAGCACAGGUCGGUAAAAUAUUACAUGACAGCAGCAGCUGUCCCACAUCAGUCCUUCUACAGGGAGGACAGCAUCAGAAGGCUGGAGAAGAUCAGAGAAGAGAACCUGCCGCCCACGAGCAGAGAGGUCCACGAGUUCCUGCUGGAUCUGACAGACUGACCCGGAUUCAUGCGUGUUUACCGGGAUGAUAAACACGAAGGAAACAGACGAAUAAAGUCUAAAUUAAGGUUUUGUGUUAAUAAAAUUAUCUUUAAUACAUUUUAAUUUUUUCUGCUACUUAUUGGAACUCAUUUAUUUAUUUAUUUAGUUCACAAAAGUAAAAUAUUCUGAUUAAAAAUAAAAUAUUUGAAAUGUU